CUAAAUCAGGCUGUGGUAUUUGGAAGAAUAAUGGUGAGCACCAUGGAGCUAACAGUUACUUCAGGAAAAUAAUUCAAAAUAUUAAGAAUGCGAAACAUUGCCUUAGGCCAAACUGAUAUCAAGGAUUAAAUGAACAGAAAUCUGGGCCUCUUCAAUGGUUCAUUUUAUUCAGAAGCGGAAAUUCAAUUGUGCAUGAGAAUUCAAGACAUUUCCCAAACAACAGCUUCUUGUGAAUUUCAGCUUCAUUCAAUAGAUCCAGUCAUGUGCCGAAACAACACAAGGUCUCCAUUUGUUGCGGGAAGGUUCAAGAUACCCAAAUAUACAAAUCUUGAAGACUUCAGCAUUUUAAUUACAAGGCCACGAAGAAUGUUCGUUGAUGGGACAUUUGAAUGCUAGACUCCUGCACCUGUUCUUUGGCCUCAUUUGGCAUCAAGUGCCUCUUCUGCCAACCUGUUCACUUAGAGGUGCUGUUGGAAGUACUACAACUCUGCAUUGAAGACUUCUGACAGUGUAACACAAGGUAGCCAUCAGAAGGACUUGCGACCAGCAUUGUAUCUAGCCAGGCUUAUCUGGAUAACUACUUCCACCUCUGAGACGAGAUAUGAACUUUGAACCCAGACAGCUAUGAAAGGUUUAGGAGGUAAUCGAAGCCGUCACCUUUCUGACAACUGUGAACCAACAAGUGACCAAAUGUACCCGACCCCCAUCCAGGAAAGAAACCCCUACCUGCUCAGUCCAGCGGACUCCUAUCAGAUGGAGCAUCAUCGCUUCCCUGCUUCAAAUGCAAUGCAGGCAGAUUGCCUCCUGCCCUUGAACAAUCAGAUUGCCAGCAGCACCUUUCCCAGGAUCCACUACAAUUCGCACUUUGACCUACAAGAUGACUGUAGUUUCACCCCGAAUACUUCCACAAGCAAAAUAAAUCGCCUUCCUGCCAACCUGUUGGACCAGUUUGAGAAGCAGUUGCCGAUUCACAGGGAUGGGUUCCACACACUGCAGUUCCAGAGGAGUGACAACAAACACCGAAGUGAAAGUCCAGGUCGGAUACGCCACCUUGUACACUCUGUGCAAAAGCUCUUCGCAAAAUCUCAGUCCCUUGAGGGUUCUGGCAAAGGAAGUAUGAAUGGCAGCAAAUUCAGCUCUGAUGACCCCAAGCAGAGCAAGAGAAGCAAGAGCAAGGACCGAAAAUUGGAAUCAAAACGCAGAACAAGAACAAACAUAUCAGGCUGGUGGAGUUCAGAUGAUAACUUGGAUAGCGACAAUUGCAAUUAUCGAAACCCAAUGAGUUUAAUGACACUUGGGAGGCGCCCCGAUCAUGGGCCUGCUAAAUACUUAAUGAAUGCCUAUAACACAAUCAGUGAACAUACGCUUAAAGCUUCAAAAAGCAAUAAUGAUUUGAAAUGUACACCAUGUGUCAAUAUACCAAUAAACGCUGACUCCAAGUACAUAAAGAGAGGUUCCUGGUCCACACUCACCCUAAGUCAGACCCGAGAAGUUUGCCAAAAAUCAUCUGCUACAAUGGAUAAGGCGCUGUUGAAAUCCAGGUCAUAUCACCAUGACCUUGCUUCUCAGUACUUGAAGGUCCCUCUUCAUGAAGACUGGAAUAGCACUCUUUCACGUGGAAAAGUGGGAGAAAUUCCCUGUCGGCGAAUGCGUAGUGGCAGUUACAUAAAGGCAAUGGGAGAUGAUGACAGUGAGGACUCUGAGAUGAGCCCCAAACCAUCCCCGAAGACUGCAGCACGACGUCAAAGCUAUCUGAAGGCCACGCAGCAGUCUCUGAGUGAGCAGAUCAGCCAGCGGAACCAAAGCUAUCUUGCAUCAGUGAGUGAGUCCAUCCACAGGAGUCUUGAUUGCCUGGAUACAGUAGAACUGAGCUCUCCCAGUUUCCAUGGAUGGAAUGAAGAUGAUAUGGGAAGCACAGACACCCUCAAAUCCAACCCUAUUAACCAGGAGCAAGAAAUGGAUUUUAGCAAUCAAUAUGAAAAUAUCUGCGAGUCUGUCUUCAAUGAGGUGGAUUCCCAGGCAGUGGAUGCUCUGGACCUGCCCAUACCCGGCUGUUUCCGCUCAAGAAGUCACAGCUAUCUAAGAGCAAUCCAGGCUGGCUGUUCUCAGGAUGAUGACAAUGUAUCUGUCCGUUCAGUGUCUCCCCCACCUAUAACAACCACAGUUAGAACCAUGCAAACCAACACCAUGUCAUCGUGUAUAACCACUUAUAAGAAGACUCCUCCACCAGUUCCACCGCGAACCACAUCUAAACCAUUUAUUUCAGUUACAGUCCAGAGCAGUACAGAAUCGGCACAAGACACAUACCUUGACAAUCAGGACCACAAGAGUGACAUCAACAGUCAAUCUGGUCUCAGCAAUUCUUCAGACAGCUUGGAUAGUGCCAGAGCUCUGAACAGUACUAAAACAGGAAGUGUCAGUGCUCCGGUUCGUGAACAGUCAGAGAGCCAACAUCGAAAUGCUACAGUGACAACUGAAAAGGGAUCACUCAUCAGUGAGGAUCCAAAGUUGGAAACUCCCCCAAAAAGAAAGCUUUCUUCUAUUGGAAUACAGGUUGACUGUUCCCCGAACUUAAUUAAAGAACAAGAUUCUCAACUGAUCAACAAGUUCCAGUCCAUUGGAAUACAAGUGGAAGACGAGUGGCAUUUAAGCCGCUCCAGCAGCAUGACGUCAAAACAAGAAACUGACUCUGAUACACAGGAAUGUAGUAAUUUUACUGCUGGAUCCCAGGACAAAAGCAAUCAAUUUUCUGAUUCAACCCAGCAUCAUAAUGUCUCAAACACCGAACCUCCUGUACGGCAGCAUGCGAAAGGCUCCCAGACAAAAAAUAAAGCUUUUGCUUAUAGUGAUAACUUAGACCCAGCCCUAGAUCCAUCCUCUUUACCACCGCCAGAACCGUGGUUAGAAUCUGCUAACAAUCUCCCCGUCGAACCAGUUCAUGCUGCUUCAUGUCGUCGGGAUGGCUACUGGUUCUUGAAACUGUUGCAAGCAGAGAAAGAAAGAAUGGAAGGAUGGUGCCAUCAAAUGGAGAAAGAAACCAAAGAAAAUAAUCUAUCUGAAGAAGUCCUAGGAAAAAUCCGAAGUGCAGUGGGAAGUGCACAGCUUUUGAUGUCUCAGAAAUUACAGCAGUUCCACGGUCUCUGCGAGCAGAAUCUGAACCCAAAUGCAAACCCACGACCUACUGCACAAGAUUUAGCUGGUUUUUGGGAUAUGUUGCAGCUUUCCAUUGAAGAUAUUAGCUUGAAAUUUGAUGAACUGUAUCAUCUCAAGGCAAAUGACUGGCAACUCAUUGAAAUGCCAGAAAAGAAGGAAGAGAAAAAGCUGCCUCCUCCAGUGCCAAAGAAACCAGCAAAGGCUAAAACUCCUUUAAAUCGUGAGAAACUGACAGAUUCAGCUGACAAGCAACGCCAGGAAGCUCGCAAGCGAUUAAUGGCAGCUAAGCGAGCUGCGUCUGUACGGCAGAACUCUGCAACAGAGAGCGCAGAUAGUAUUGAAAUAUAUGUCCCUGAGGCACAAACCCGUCUGUGAAUUGGAGUGUAUCUUUUGUAUACAUUUUGGGCCAACUUCAAAACUUCAGUGGUCUGUGCUAUUCUACAAGCAACAAUAAGCAUCGAUAAUAGAAUACAAUGCUUAUUAGUACAUUUGGCAUUGCUAUUCGAUGUCAGACUCCUAAAAUUCUUUAAUGUUAAAUCUGAUAUCUCAUCAGUGUGUACAUUGGUUGCCAUGCUUCCCUAUCAUUUGCAUGGCUUUGUCUUACCCACUGCAGUCAACUUUUCUGUAAACAAAUUGCUUUGUGUUUUAUUCCUCAAUGGCAAAUUGUGUUGUAUCUAGCAUAUACAGGAAAAGGACUGGCUUAUUUUGGGGGAAAAAAAAGUACAUCAAUUCUUCUUUAACUGAUGAAAAAUUUGAAGGAAGAUGACGUUUCUUGGAUAACAAAACCCGAGCUCAAUUUUAUUGGGUUGUUGCUACUUCUGUUCUGAGAAAUGUAUUCAUGUAAUUCAUCUGCAGAAACUAUAGCUUUGCAGAAUAUGCUUCCAUUGGCUCUGUAAAUUUAGAGUGCUGCUGUAAAAUGAUGUAAAACCACUCUACCAUUCAGUAGAGCAAAGCAAUAGAGCAUUUAAAUGUUCUCACAUUUUUUUCAAGUGUACAGAAGUGACAUAAAAAAACUGUUCAGAAUUGUAGAAUCAUUUUAUGAAACAAGCACAUACAGGUAAAAGGUUUUAUCACACCAAUCUGGUAUUAGAACCUUUUAGAAUGUGUUCUUGGAUUUUGCAGCCAAAAUUUUAAAGAAUUUGUCUCAUUUGUUAUGGUUAUUUCCUUAAUCUAGUAGUAGCUUAAAGUGGUUGUUUAUAUGUAGAUAACUAGUUAAGAUUUUAAGCAUACAGAUGAAGAUAAAUUAUGGAGAGAACCAUUGUUUUGAUUGACUUAAGAAUCCUGUUAGGUGCAAGUGUCCUGUUCAAAAAAAAGUUGGUGAACUUUCAUAAAGUGAAGUAAGCACUACCUAA